UCUCAAUAUUACUAUCUAAAUUCGAAUCUAAUAAUCUAAUAAGGUUGAUGACAAUGUGGCGUUCAUUUGUCAAGAAUUGAGAAAUCAAUUACAACAUGAUUCAGCAGAUAAGGUUGAAAGAACACAAAUCGAAUUUUCCUAUUUUCAACUUCGUAUAAUUUUUGUCAUGAAUUGAGAAAUCAAUUACGGUACAACCAUAAUAAAUAAAGGUGAAAGAAAACAAAUCGAAUUUCUCUCUUACUAACUUCGUAAAAUAUCCACAAGUUUUAGUUAUCAUUUUCCUACCUUUCUUUUCCAAAUGAUAGAGAUGAUCAAUGAAGGUGCGAUUGUUGGUAAGAGGUAGUUGAACGUCAAAUGUUUCAUAAAUAUAAAAAAAUAAAAUAAAUCCUAAACAAAUUCAUGCAAAAGUAUAUUUGAAUUUCGGCCCUUUUAUUUAUCCUUUUUAUUUAUUAUUUUUCUUCAAAUAGAAAUCUUCUCCAUCUUCCUCUCUCUAAAAAUAGGCAACAGCUAUACUACACACUACACAGAGACACUGGACCAAGACAAGUAGGCUGAAAAUGGCAGCGGGCAGUCUCUUUUAUCCCAUAGGGUUGUAAACACAACUACUGCACAGCCUGUAUUUUGCAUCUUCCCCUGCAUUGUUGUCUGCUUUACUGUAUUGCCUGCCAUUAAUAUUUUCAAUAAUUGCUUUAACUACCCGUUAUUAUUUUUAUUAUUGCAAAUAUGAAAAACCCAUCAAUGAUUUUCAAAAGUUAUUCUUUCUCAAUCAUGAUCUAACAUGCAUAACAAAAUCGCCCUUUUUUGGAUUCCCCAUAUUUUUUCUAUUCUUGAAUUGCCUGUAUUGAAGUAUCAUGUUCUUCCAUGUUUGGUUUCUUGAAUUAACCUUAUCCAUGUUAGAAUUAAAACUGAAAUUUUCAAUGUGCUUUGCGGGAACCCUUGGAAUUGGUGAAGAGAAUUUAACUUUGUCGGGAGAUUUCUAGCAUAUACUGUAUAGGCAUCUGUACUGCAGCAGCAAUUUCUGGGUUGCGCCGCCAAUGCGCUGCCGAAAAAUUCCCCGAAAACCACCAUUUGAAUUCACAGAUCUCAACGCCAAUUAAAUAUAGCUCAAGCCUUUGGUGGUUGUAAAAAGGGCCGAUUCGGCCCUUGAUAUUGAGGUAGCGAACUUCUAUAUAACAGUGCUUAUUUUUGUUAUGAAAUCGGUUUUUUCUUCUAGUUGUUUAUGUGAAAGAGUGGUUUUUACUUCUCUUCAGCUUUACACCAGUGCCAAGUAAGAAUACGGAGAAUUUAGAAGAGUAUUCGACUUUGUGGAGGGGGGUUGGUUCAUUUAUAUAUAAGUUUAAAGGGACUUUUGACUGUUGAGAGGUGAUACAGAGGCCACAAUCAAAGGAGGGUCGGUGAUAUUGUUGGGAUUUGCUGUUUUAACUUUGAUUAAUUCAAGGUACACUGCAAGCAUUUCAACCCCUUUGGUCUCUCUGUUUUGCAUGGUUUUGUAUUAUUUUAUAGCUUCUUGCCGUGUUGGGAUAUCAACGUAUCUUAUUUAGUAUGAGAUUUGAGAUUGGUGCCUAGUACAUAGACAUGCUUGUUGGAUUAUAUGCUUAUAUUAAAUCAAGUUUUAAGGGAAGCGUAACGUGAGCAUAUUGCCCAGGUUUUGCAUAGUUCAGGGAGUGAGACUCAAUAAGUGAAUGUGGGAAUUUGAGUUGUAACAUAAAGGGUUGGAGUGUUCAUUUUGAAAAGAUACUAAGGAGUAAGAGGAUAGUUUAUGGUUUAAUGUGAAUUCUGACAUCUACGGCUUUGUAAGACAUGCCGAGUGUUGAUGAAAAAGAAGAAGUUUUCUUUGAUACCGCAAUUUACUUGUCAUCCGAAGAGUCUGUUGCAGAGGAAAAAAAUCUGGCAUUUUAUGAUUUAGGGUACAAGAUUUGGUUGAGUGAGCCACAGUGUGUCAAGGAAAGAAGGGAAAAUUUCUUGCAAAGAAUGGGUUUUUCUGAUUGGGCAUCCCCGGGUGAAUUAGAGGCAAUGCGGUUGGAAAGAGUUAUGGAAUCUAGUGGAGCUGUUUCCAGUUCGUGCUGUUUAUCCACUUGUAGUACAGGUGACAAUUUGGAAUGUGACAGACAGGAAUUGAAUGGUGAAGCAAAUUGUUCAGUUGAUGAUUCUGACCAGGAUUGGUUGGAUGAUAUGACCAUUGGUGCAGAGAGGGACAUCAAUGAGGAUUACCUCUCUGUGGAACAAUGUGAUAAUGAAGAAAUGCAGCCUUGUCUAGAAGAUUGCAAGUACGUGGAUAAGAAAAAGAGGAAAAUGAUGCGCUGGUGGAAACACUUCUCACAGACAUUGAGGAAAAACAGAGGUAUCAAAGUAUCAAAAGAACCAAAAUUAGGUACUGAAGCAGGAAAGGCUGCUUGGGUGCUGAUGGAACAAAAUAAGAAAACGGGUAUGGAAUGUUCUGCUGUCUAUGUUGGACAAGAAAUUAGCGCACACAAUGGCCUAAUCCGGAUAAUGAAGUUUAGUCCUGAUGGCCAAUAUUUGGCUAGUGGAGGUGAAGAUGGGAUUGUUUGCAUAUGGCAUGUUAAUUCCAUAGAUGCCUCUACCAGUACUGCAGAAUGCAAGUUUGGUAGCCAGGACAUGGAAGGUCCAUCUAGUUCUCAGAGGAAAAAGUCAAGUCACCCUUCUGUCAUCAUUCCUCAAAGGAUUUUCCACAUCGAAGAGGAGCCAUUGCACAAGUUUCAUGGUCAUGCCAGUGAUGUUUUAGACCUUGCAUGGUCCACAACUGAUCAUCUUCUUUCAUCAUCAAUGGACAAAACUGUUCGUUUAUGGCGAGUAGGUUCUGAUGAAUGUCUUGGCGUUUUCCAUCACAGUAAUUAUGUAACGUGUGUUCAAUUCAAUCCUGCGGACGAGAACUACUUUCUCAGUGGCUCCAUAGAUGGUAAAGUUCGGAUAUUUGGAGUUAACAAGAGGAGAGUUGUUCAUUGGGCUAAUGUGCGAGAUCUAGUAACAGCAAUUUGUUACCAGCCAAAUGGAAAAGGUUUCGUUGUUGGUUCUCUUUCUGGUACCUGCCGGUUCUACGAAACAUCAGGUGACGAAAUUGAGCUAAAAGCAGAAAUAAACAUUCAGGGUAGAAAGAAAUCAUCACGCAACAAAAUCACUGGCAUUCAGUUUCUGAAAAAUGACUCUCAGAGAGUAAUGAUAACAUCAGAGGACUCCAAAAUUCGGAUACUUGAUGGGCUUGAAGUUGUCUGUAAAUAUCGAGGUCUAGCGAAGUCAGGAAGUCAGAUGUCAGCUUCUUUUACUUCUAGUGAGAGACACAUAAUAUCAGUUGGGGAGGACUCACGUAUAUAUGUGUGGAAUUAUGAUGAUUUGUGCAUCCACACACCCAAACAAGCCAAAUCCACCCGAUCCUGCGAGCAUCUUUUCUUCGAGGGUGUGUCCGUUGCACUACCUUGGUCAGGUUUGGCAAUAGAACAAAAUAGUUUUGCUUGUGGCAGUUCGCAGUCUGAUGUACAAACAAUUGAUCACCAAGAAGCAUCCUCAAGGUUUCGGGAUUCAGAACGUUUCUCCCUUGCAAAUUGGUUCUCAACAGAUGUCUCAUCUCGAGCCUCCACAACAUGGCCGGAGGAAAUACUUCCUUCAUGUGAGUUACAAUCUGUUGAACAUGAUUGUCAGCCAUGUAGUAUUUAUGGCGAUCAUCUUCAUCAGCAGCUGCAGCACAAGAAUAACAGCCAUGGAUACAGAAAUCUAUCCGCAACAUGGGGUCUUGUGAUUGUAGCAGCUGGUUCGGAUGGAAUGAUCAGGACAUUCAACAAUUAUGGAUUGGCAGUCAGGAUUUAGGAGUUCGAUAAUGCGCCACAUUGAAGCUUUUCAUACGAAUUCAGAAAAUUCUGAAUUGACAGGUGGAGUAUUCCGUCCAGGCGAAAAUUUGCAGCAGAAAUUGUUAUUUAUCAAGCCUUGUAAAAUAUACUCUUGUUUUCCAUGCCUAUUGUUUUCACUUGCAGUUUCAGUUUCAGCAGAAGGUCAAGACUCUCAGCCUCUUGUUCUCUUUUCCGGUUUUCCCCCCUCAGUUAUUCAUAUUAGAUUAGAUCAGGAAACAACAGGAAGUAUAGAUUUUUUGUUCCUUUAUUUCUUUUUUCAAAUGGAUCACACUUUGAAAUGUAAAUGACAUUGACAGCAAAAAUGGUAGAAUUCAGAAUUGGAUUUUUUGCAUGCCAUUAUGUAUGGUUGAAUUGGUCCUUCA